AUGUCUGCCCGCCCCCAGAACAUCGGCAUCAAGGCCAUUGAGGUCUACUUCCCUUCCCAGUGCGUUGACCAGUCCGAGCUGGAGAAGUACGAUGGCGUCAGUGAGGGAAAAUACACCAUCGGUCUCGGCCAGAAGAAGAUGAGCUUCUGUGAUGACCGUGAGGACAUCUACUCCAUGUCCCUGACCACUCUCUCCUCCCUCUUCAACAAGUACAACAUCGACCCCAAGACCAUCGGCCGCCUCGAGGUCGGCACUGAGACUCUCUUGGACAAGUCCAAGUCCGUCAAGUCCGUUCUCAUGCAGCUCUUCGGUGAAAACACCAAUGUCGAGGGUGUGGACAACGUCAACGCCUGCUACGGUGGUACCAACGCCGUCUUCAACAGCAUCAACUGGCUCGAGUCCUCUGCCUGGGACGGCCGUGACGCCGUUGUCGUCUGUGGUGAUAUUGCUCUGUACGCUGCUGGUGCUGCCCGCCCCACUGGUGGUGCUGGUUGCGUCGCCAUGGUCAUCGGUCCCGAUGCCCCUAUUGUCUUCGAGGCCGGUCUCCGUGCCUCCUACAUGACCCACGCCUACGAUUUCUACAAGCCCGAUCUCACUAGCGAGUACCCUGUUGUCGACGGCCACUUCUCUCUGAAGUGCUACACUGAGGCUGUCGAUGCCUGCUACAAGGCCUACGAUGUCCGUGAGAAGGCCCUCAAGGCCAACCAGAACGGCACCAACGGCGCCACCGAUGAGUCCCAGUCCGCUUUGGACCGCUUCGAGUACCUCCUGUUCCACGCCCCUACCUGCAAGCUGGUCCAGAAGUCCUACGCUCGCAUGCUCUACAACGACUACCUGGCCAACCCCUCCCACCCCGCCUUCGCCGAGGUCGCCCCUGAGCUCCGUGAUCUGGACUACACCGCUUCUCUGACCGACAAGGCCGUUGAGAAGACCUUCAUGGCCCUGACCAAGAAGCGCUUCGCUGAGCGUGUCUCCCCCGGUCUUCAGGUCGCCAACCUGUGCGGUAACAUGUACACCGCUACUGUCUGGGCUGGUAUUGCUUCCUUGCUCAGCCAUGUCACCUUCUCCCCCAGCGAGCCCAAGCGUAUCGGUCUCUUCUCUUACGGUUCCGGUCUCGCCUCCUCUCUGUUCAGCGCCAAGAUCGUCGGCGACGUCUCCACCAUUGUCGAGAAGCUGAACCUCAAGAGCCGCCUCGAGGCCCGCAACGUCCUCACCCCCGCUGCCUACGAUGAGAUGUGCAAGCUGCGCGAGCACGCCCACCUGCAGAAGAACUUCAAGCCCUCCGGUAGCACCGAGACCAUCCUGCCCGGAACUUACUACCUCACUGAGGUCGAUGACAUGUUCCGCCGCAAGUACGAGAUCAAGGCCUAG